AUGCAGUCUGUGUACAUUGUUUCUGCCGCUAGAACCCCAAUCGGUGCCUUCCAAGGCUCGUUGGCCUCGCUUACAUACCCAGAGUUGGGUGCUGCCGCAGUUAAGGCUGCGUUGGAGAAGGUUCCACAAAUCAAGCCUGAAGCCGUUGAGGAAAUCAUCUUCGGUGGUGUUUUGCAGGCCAACGUGGGCCAGGCUCCUGCCAGACAGGUUGCCUUGAAGGCUGGACUUCUGGAGGCCGUUGUUGCAUCCACCGUCAACAAGGUUUGUGCUUCUGGUACCAAGGCGGUGAUUUUGGCUGCCCAGACCAUCAUGACCGGAAACGCCGACAUCGUGGUCGCUGGAGGUGCUGAAUCCAUGUCCAACACCCCAUACUACCUUCCAUCUGCUCGUCAGGGUGCCAGAUACGGUGACGCCUCCAUGGUGGAUGGUGUCCAGAAGGAUGGUUUGUUGGAUGCUUACAGCCAGAAAUUGAUGGGUGUGGCUGCCGAGAAAUGUGCUGCCGACCACAGCAUCUCCAGAGAGCAGCAAGAUGAGUUUGCCAUCAACUCUUACAAGAAAGCACAGAAGGCUACCGCUGACGGUAAGUUCGAUGCUGAGAUCGCCCCAGUCACCAUCAAGGGCUUCCGUGGAAAGCCAGACACUGUUGUUUCUGUGGAUGAUGAACCAAAGAACUUCAAUGAGGCACGUCUUAAGACUUCUAGAACUGUUUUCCAGAAGGAGAACGGUACCGUGACCGCAGGUAACGCGUCCAAGUUGAACGACGGUGGUGCAGCCCUCGUGUUGGUCUCCGAGGCCAAGUUGCAGGAGUUAGGCUUGAAGCCUUUGGCUCGUAUUGCCGGCUGGGGUGAAGCUGCUAGAUCUCCAAUGGACUUCACAAUCGCUCCAUCUUUGGCCAUUCCAAAGGCAUUGAAGCACGCCAAGCUCUCGUACGACGAUGUUGACUUCUACGAGUUGAACGAGGCCUUCUCGGUUGUUGGUUUGGCUAACGCCCAGAUCUGUGACUUGCCUACUGACAAGUUGAACGUGUACGGAGGUGCUGUUGCUUUGGGCCACCCAUUGGGAUGUUCUGGAGCCAGAAUCAUUGUCACUUUGCUUUCUGUCUUGAACCAGGAGGGUGGUAAGAUCGGAGUUGCUGGUAUUUGUAACGGUGGAGGAGGAGCCUCUGCCAUUGUCAUCGAGCGUAUUGACAAUGACUUCAAGUUGUAA